UGUAAUAUACCGGUCUGUCAAGCUUUCUCAGAAGAUACCUACAAUAUACAAACUACAAUUAUUCAACGGAAAAGAAUAUUAUGUCACAAAAAUUACUGUAAAGUACAUAAAUCAGCAUGUUGACAAUGGAGUAAAGAAGAAAGUAUUUUUAAUACCCGAAAGAAAAAUAAUAUUCGUUCUCUAUAAUAACUAUAACAAAAUAAGUAAUGCGUGUGAAGUGUAUGAUAAAUGUAUACGAUAUAAUGAAGAUAUAGAAGAGGAUGAAGAAGUUCUUAUAUAUAAAAAACAUGCCAUCUAUAAACAUUAUAUAAAUCAUGACGAUGCAGUUGAAAAAAAUAUGUUAUAUUUACUUAAAGAAGAAGUUACUUUUUUUGAAGACAUAAAAUAUAUGUAUCAGAAUGUCAUAUGUUCUAUUAUGAAGGAAAAAGAAGACAUAAAUAAAAUGGAAGGGGAGUAUCAAUACAUGGCAAAUAAUAUUACCAAUUUAAGCGAAAUAGUUUAUCAUGAUAAUGAAAAGAUAAAUUUUUUUAAUAAAAGUUUAAUGGAAGAUAAUUUGAACAUAUAUAAUUUUUAUAAAAAUUAUCCUUGGAAUGAUUAUUUAGAGAUAUCAAUGAAGAAUGAUUUUUUCAUGUCAAAAAAUAAAAUGCUUCAAAUUGAAAAUGCACCAGAAGAAAUAGAUUAUGUCAAUUCGCAAGAAAAAAUUAAAAAAAGCAAUCAAAUAAAUAAAUCAACAUAA